ACGAUGUAUAAUUACGUUACGACAAAUAUUAACUGGAUUGUCCACAAAGUGAUCCAAAUCAAAUUCCAGCAGCCUCUCCCACGAAUUUGUGGAGAGUCUUUAGGUCAGUCACUCGCCAUCAUUCCAGUGAGUUAUUUUUUCACAAUCUGUAUGCGCCUGGAUGUAGCGAAGAGACGAUUUCCACAAGACCACAAAUCUUUCCUAAAUAAAAAUACCUAAAAGCAUUUUUCGAAUUUGAGUAUGUUUCCUAAUUACAGAGACUAUCUCUGUCAUUAUGGCAUGGGUUAGAUUCCCUAACCUUCCGCUCCAUCCACUAUUGUCAACUUCUUUAGGAAAAUUGAUUGCACUGACCUCCGGAAAUUAACAGCAGGGAGUCGACCAAUCAUCACUCUGUUACUUCAAACAUUCCUCUCACAUCCUAGCUGUCGAAUUGCUUUCGACUAUCUAAUUCUGUUUAGCAAGCAGCAGGGCAGUGAGUGGAAAUGGGUGACGAGAAGGCGCGAACGAAAAACACGGAGAUAGAAGCAAGAGCGAGGAAUAUAACCCACAAAGUUCGCUGCACAGAAUGCGGUAGUCAGAACAUUGAAGAUUCUCAAGCUGAUAUUGCUAUUCUUCUUAGAAAGCUGAUUCGAGAUGAGAUACGAGCUGGGAAGUCAGAUAAAGAAGUUUAUGAUAAGCUUGAAAAGGACUAUGGAGAGUCUAUCCUUUAUGCUCCUCGGUUUGAUAUACAGACUGCUGGUAUUUGGUUAUCACCGGUUAUUGUAGCUGGGGCUUUUGUAGGAAUAUGGGCAUAUCGAAGAUACCAGGAACGGGCUAAUGUGCAACUUUUGGCCUCAAGGUUGCUUAGAAACAUUCCUUUGACUCGCAAUGAGAGGCAAGCAAUGCUUGAACUUUUGCAACCCCCACCCCCAAAAAGAAAGUGGUGGUCAUGGGGUGGUUAACAGUAUUUUCAUCCUGUUUGUUUUGCUCCGUUAUAUUCCUGCAAUUUUGUUAAUUUACAUAGUUUUAUGUGCUACAAAAUGACUAGACUGGAUAAAAUGAAACGAUGUCAAUGUAAAUACUAGUCAAUAUUGCCAACAUAUAAUUGAUAACUGUAAAAAGUA